AUGGCGUUUGCAAAGGCUUUUGUUGCGAAACUUUUGAGGGACUUUUCGUCGAGGGAAUCGGCGAGGAGAGUGUUGGAUAGAGCGUUCGAGACGAGUCUGAAGGUAGUGAAGGAGUUGUUGGAGGAAUAUUCGAAUCCGGACUUAAGGGGAGAUCAUAAUGAGACAGAGGCAAUUCAGAGGUUGAAUUUGCACAAGGCAAUGACGAAUGCAAGGCAUUUGUUAUGGUUGAUUGAGAGGAUGAUUGAGCUGAGAAUGGCUGAUAAGGCGGUGAAAGACUGGAGUGACCAGGCUUCGUUCACCGCAGAUUUGCAGAGGACGUUUCGCGAUGAUGCGUGGAGAAAUAUCGUGCCGGGGCUUCCUGCUCUCGUGCUUCGGUGCACUCUCAAGCUUGCCAAUGCCGUUACCUCUGGGUCUAUUCUGGCUGCUAGACAGGUUAGGAUGAAGCUCGUAAAAGAUUGGCUUCCGGUGCUGAUUGUAUGCAAAGACAAAAUCCCUGCCAUGUUGCCAAGUCACCCAUCACCAUACCGCGAGCUAGAAGAAACAUUCUUACGCAUUAUCUCUACACUGCCCAUGCUGGAUGCACAGGAGUUGUUGCAGCAGUGUCUCAGCUUUUCAACUCGAAAUGUUGAAGACUGCCCUCAUUUGGUCUCCGCGUUUAAAACCUGGUUUCGCCGUGCAAAUAGAUCUCCUCAAGCAGAAAACCUUUAUUAG